AUGGCUGAGGCACGUGAAGCACUGGCUUUGUUUCAAGAAGCAAAUUUAAGUGAGGACAAUGGACACCCAGACGGUGAAGACUCUGAAGUGCGGCAGCAUGUGGAAAUCUGGAAGGCACCUCCAAUAGGUCUAGUCAAGAUGAACUGGGAUGCUGCAGUGGACUCAAAACAAGGAAAAAUUGGACUGGGUUGUAUAGCCCGGACAUCAAAUGGUGCUUUUCUAGCAGCUCAGAGUAUGACAAAAAUGUUUAGAACUGAACCGGCAGUGGCCGAAGCUUUGGCAACUUCAUAUGCGGUUAUUUUUAGCAGGGAAUUGGGUCUACAGCGAAUCAUUUUCAAAGGGGACGCCCAGACCAUUGUCAAGGAAGUUAACAAAGAAGGUCCCUGUUUGAGCAAAUAUGGGCUCCUUGUGGAGGGAAUCCAAGGUGAAAUGAGGACCUUUGAGACUGCUCAGUUUAAUUUUGUCAGGAGGGAAGCUAAUAAGGCUGCUCAUCGGUUAGCUAAACUAGCUACCACCCAUGUCACAGAUGCUACUUGGUUGGAUUCUGUUCCGCCGGAGGUCUGUUGUAUUGUAAGAGGAGAAGCAAAUAUCUCUUCGUUGUGA